UCGACUCUGCAACACACAGCCUGCUUCACCUGAUUCUCCUUCUUACUCCUUUCUUGUCGGAAUCCGUAUGAUCGAGUGAAACGGUGGACACAGCUUUCGUUUUAGUGCUACUUCUCUGGCGCCAUUUGGAAGGUCUUUUUUUUUUAAGUGAAGAAAAGGAGAGAUGUCGAGUCUUGAGAAUAUCAAGAACGAGACUGUUGAUCUGGAGAAAGUUCCAAUAGAGGAAGUUUUCCAGCAGCUAAAAUGUACGAAGGAAGGUUUGACGACUCAGGAAGGGGAAGCCAGGGUUCAGAUCUUUGGCUUGAACAAGCUCGAAGAGAAGAAGGAAAGCAAGAUUCUCAAGUUUUUGGGGUUUAUGUGGAAUCCUCUUUCAUGGGUCAUGGAAGCUGCUGCGAUCAUGGCUAUUGCUUUGGCCAACGGGGAUGGUAGGCCUCCGGAUUGGCAGGACUUUGUUGGUAUCAUCUGUCUUCUCGUCAUCAACUCUACCAUCAGUUUCAUUGAAGAAAACAACGCCGGUAACGCCGCUGCUGCUCUCAUGGCUGGUCUGGCUCCUAAAACCAAGGUUCUUAGGGAUGGGAAAUGGAGUGAACAAGAAGCUGCUAUUCUUGUCCCGGGAGAUAUCGUUAGCAUUAAACUUGGAGAUAUCAUCCCUGCCGAUGCUCGUCUUCUCGAAGGUGAUCCUUUAAAGGUGGACCAGUCUGCUCUUACCGGAGAGUCCCUCCCAGUGACCAAGCACCCUGGUCAAGGAGUUUUCUCUGGCUCAACCUGUAAACAAGGAGAGAUCGAAGCCGUCGUAAUCGCCACAGGUGUCCACACCUUCUUUGGUAAAGCUGCUCAUCUUGUGGACAGCACAAACCAAGUUGGACAUUUCCAGAAGGUUCUUACAGCCAUUGGGAACUUCUGUAUCUGUUCCAUUGCCAUCGGUAUGGUGAUUGAGAUUCUCGUCAUGUACCCUAUCCAGCGCCGAAAGUACAGAGACGGUAUUGAUAACCUCUUGGUCCUAUUAAUCGGUGGUAUCCCUAUUGCUAUGCCCACGGUCUUGUCUGUCACCAUGGCUAUUGGCUCUCACAAGCUUGCUCAGCAAGGUGCCAUCACCAAGCGUAUGACUGCCAUCGAAGAAAUGGCUGGAAUGGAUGUCCUGUGCAGUGACAAAACCGGGACGCUAACUCUCAACAAACUGAGCGUGGAUAAAAACUUGGUGGAGGUUUUCUGCAAGGGUGUGGAGAAAGACCAAGUUCUUUUGUUUGCGGCUAUGGCUUCAAGAAUUGAGAACCAGGACGCCAUCGAUGCAGCCAUGGUUGGGAUGCUUGCUGAUCCAAAGGAGGCCAGAGCUGGAAUUAGGGAGGUUCACUUCCUUCCAUUCAACCCUACUGAUAAGAGAACUGCUUUAACUUACAUCGACUCUAGUGGUAACUGGCACAGAGUCAGUAAAGGUGCUCCCGAGCAGAUCCUCGAACUUUGCAAAGCCAGCAAUGACCUUAGCAAGAGGGUGCUCGAUAUUAUCGAAAAGUAUGCCGAGCGUGGUCUCAGGUCCUUGGCUGUUUCUCGCCAGACGGUGCCAGAGAAAACAAAGGAAAGCCUUGGUAGCCGGUGGGAGUUUGUUGGCUUGUUGCCACUUUUUGAUCCCCCAAGGCAUGACAGUGCCGAGACCAUUCGAAGGGCUUUGCAUCUUGGUGUUAACGUCAAGAUGAUCACUGGUGACCAACUUGCUAUUGGCAAGGAAACUGGUCGCAGACUUGGAAUGGGAACAAACAUGUAUCCGUCCUCGGCUCUUCUCGGUAAUCACAAGGACCCAGCACUUGCCAAUAUUCCUGUUGAGGACUUGAUCGAACAGGCUGAUGGUUUUGCUGGAGUCUUCCCAGGUUAUUAUCUUCUUCUUCUUUUAAUUAUGUCAAUGCAAAGGUGGUUGGUUACCUUAGAUCUAAGCUUCUUUGUUUUGGACACUAUAGAGCACAAAUACGAGAUCGUGAAGAAGUUGCAAGAGAGGAAGCAUAUUGUUGGAAUGACUGGUGAUGGUGUCAACGAUGCUCCUGCUUUGAAGAAAGCUGAUAUUGGUAUCGCUGUCGAUGAUGCUACGGACGCUGCUCGGGGUGCUUCAGAUAUCGUUCUCACUGAGCCUGGACUCAGCGUUAUCAUCAGUGCUGUCCUCACCAGCAGAGCUAUUUUCCAGAGAAUGAAGAACUAUACUAUAUAUGCGGUCUCAAUCACAAUCCGUAUCGUGCUUGGUUUCAUGCUUAUUGCUUUGAUAUGGAAGUUUGACUUCUCAGCAUUCAUGGUUCUGAUCAUUGCCAUUCUUAACGAUGGUACCAUCAUGACCAUUUCAAAGGACAGAGUCACGCCAUCUCCCACACCUGACAGCUGGAAACUUAGAGAAAUUUUUGCUACUGGGGUUGUGCUUGGAAGCUACCUAGCCGUCAUGACUGUUGUUUUCUUCUGGUUGGCAAACGAGACAGACUUUUUCUCGAACGUGUUUGGUGUGAGGUCCAUCAAGGGUAAUGAACACGAGUUAAUGAGUGCAUUGUAUUUACAAGUUAGUAUCAUUAGUCAAGCCCUAAUCUUUGUCACAAGAUCAAGGAGUUGGUCCUUUGUUGAACGUCCUGGAGCAUUGCUGAUGAUUGCUUUCCUCAUUGCACAACUUGUUGCCACUUUGAUUGCGGUCUACGCCAACUGGGAGUUCGCAGAGGUUAGAGGUAUUGGAUGGGGAUGGGCUGGAGUGAUAUGGCUAUACAGUAUUAUAACAUACUUCCCACUGGACAUUCUCAAGUUUGCCAUUCGCUACAUCUUGAGUGGAAAGGCUUGGCUCAACAUGACUGAGAACAGGACGGCUUUAACGACCAAGAAAGAUUUCGGAAAAGAAGAGAGGGAGGCUCAAUGGGCUGUUGCUCAGAGGACACUUCACGGUUUGCAGCCAAAAGAACCUGUUCACAUCAUUCCUGAGCAAGGAACUUACAGAGAAUUGUCUGAGAUUGCUGAGCAAGCCAAGAGAAGAGCUGAGAUCGCUAGGCUUAGGGAGCUGCACACACUCAAGGGACAUGUGGAAUCAGUAGCGAAGCUAAAGGGCUUGGACAUUGAAACUCCAGGCCACUACACUGUCUAGUCACAAAAAGAAGAACAAACCAAACAUAUGAUUGAUCUUUUUCCCUUGUUUCUGUUUUCUAUAUUUUUUAUCCUUCUCUUCACGACCUCUUGAGGUUAUUGUGAGAGAGCUUGCUAUGUUUAGCAAGAGCAAGUCUAUUAAUUUCAAGUUUGCAAGAGAAUAAAAUUCUUGAAUCCACCAAAAAAGUAAUAUUUUGAAACUUUAUAAAUGAAAAUGUUUUUUU